CUUUCCCCCCGCACCGAAGGUCAGCUGUCUCCGUUCAUUUGCCCUUCUGCGCCAAAUUUUCCGGGCGGAGAAUCCCCUCCUUAUGAAUGGAUUACACUCCGUCUCAAUCUCCUCCAGCAAGAGAUUCCGAGUAUGUCCUCCGGGCACCCGUGGGAGGGUACUAUCCUUACGGCUCGCCCAUAGUGCCCAAUCUGCCACGCGCCCGGCUCCGGCUCCACUGCAAUCUCCAUCAGCGGCCUCGAAGGGGUCCGGGGGGAACAUCCCUGAUAAUUCCAGGGUGCUUUCAGCACUUGAUACCAGCAUCACGGGACUCACUCCAAUCGCCAUUUACCGGCGCGAUCCACCCAUUAGAAAACUCCUACAGGCGAUAGAGAAUAGGUCUGAUCCGGCAAUAUGGCACCACUUCAUGCAGGCACAUAAUCAAGGUCUCACGUAUCAAUUGUCUGCCGGGGAGUUCUCUUCAGUAUUGCUUUCGAUACGGCCGAGACGGUACCUGUCAUUACGACCUCGGCAUUACAUUGACGAGUACGGCCGUGGACAAGUUCACGAAGUGAAUUAUAGUUUUAAAGAGUUCCGGUCGAGGUUGAGGAUUGUCACCCAGGCGAUGCAGCAGCAGGGAUACCAAUUGGGCAUUAUCGAGUACUGCCACUUACUGGACUGCGCGAGGGCCGGCGGUGACUUGAGUAUGGCGGAUGAUCUAUGGCGUCAGAUUGUCGCCCGGGAAGACCUGACGCCGGAUACGUGGACUUAUAACUGCUAUGUUGCCGCAAAGAUCGGAACCAUAGCUAUCGGGCGGGGCGUCCGCAUGUCCCAAUGGACGAUGCAGAGUCGGCAGACUGUAACUGCUAAGCGCAUGCGAGCGCUCGCAUCACAAAUGUACGCCCAAAUGAUCCGGGAGGCUGUGCAUCCCAAUAGCAUGACCUUCGAUCUCCUAGUCAUAGCCAUGUCUCGCGCGGGAGAUAUCGGGGGCGUAAAGGAGCUACUGAUGAAAGUCUGGGGUGUGAACGUCAAUGGCCUGGCGAGAUCCGAUAACAAUCUGGGUUCUGAACCACCUACCGUGUCCCCAGACUCGGUCAUAUAUCCCACGCAGCACACACUGGCCACGUUCUCAAUGUGCUUCGGUGCUAACAACGACAUCGAGACAGCGAUCAGAGUCGUCGACCAUAUCUCCCGCAGAUACAAAGUCCCAAUUUCACUACCCGCCUGGAUCAACCUACUGAACUGGACAUACGCUCUGACUCGCCCCCCCGCGCCGGUCAUGCCGGCUCGAUCCGUGCUGCAAACCUGGGAAACUAUGAGGGCACCGCCAUACAACGUUAACCCGACAAUAGAAAUGUACGACUACCUCGUCCGGUCUCUCAUCUCACGGCAAUACGUCUCCCCCGCAGAAGACAAGAUGAAAGAAGCGGUAGAGAUGUACGUCGACCUACUCGAGCGCUUCAUAGACCUCGACAGGAAGUACGACACCGUCGUCGGAGAAACAGACCUCGACACGGCGGUCCAGCAGACCGAGGUAUUGAAGGAUAUCGCCGUUGUCAAGAGGGAAUUACACCGCUUCCGAUCCAUGAUGCGGCGGUGGGUGGAGCUGUUGAUUCUGGGCAAGGGCAUGAACACAAAGUACACGCGCAGGAAGGUACCGGAUAUCGUGGCAGCGUGGGCCUACUUCUUGGGCGGGAAGGCGAUUUACACCAUUGACUCGGGAUACAUCGUGCUGGAGCUUGGGCAGGAGAGAGAGUGGACUCCUAUACCAAUUCGGCGAAGAAAGAGGCCGUGGAUGCCGUUGGGGACUGGGGCUAAGGAAGUGGAUUAUUUAGAUUAGAUGGGGGGUAUACCUAGAUUUCUCUCUUUUAUUGCCAUUGGGGUUAGUUCAGCUGUGCAUUUUUUUGCGUUUAGGUGAGAAAUUGAAUGGUCUCUUGAACCC